AUGCGCAGUGACACUCCCAGCAUCCCUCUGUGGUUUCUGUGGAACAAACAGGAGCAUGCACCACGGGCCCCGGCGACCUGCCAGGACGGUCCCCCUGGAGGCUCCAUGACCUGGCUACAGAUCCAGUCACCUCCACACCAGCCUGGGGGUCUGCUUACCAACACCAAAGACGGAGAGCGGCGAACCAUCUACACGCCCUCUCUCCACCUGCAGAAGAGAGGGAGCACAGGGCCAGAGGGAGCACAGGGCCAGAGGGAGCACAGGGCCAGAGGGAGCACAGGGCCAGAGGGAGCACAGGGCCAGAGGGAGCACAGGGCCAGAGGGAGCACAGGGACAGAGGGAGCACAGGGCCAGAGGGAGCACAGGGACAGAGGGAGCACAGGGCCAGAGGGAGCACAGGGACAGAGGGAGCACAGGGACAGAGGGAGCACAGGGACAGAGGGAGCACAGGGACAGAGGGAGCACAGGGCCAGAGGGAGCGCAGGGCCAGAGGGAGCACAGGAACAGAGGGAGCACAGGGCCAGAGGGAGCACAGGGACAGAGGGAGCACAGGGCCAGAGGGAGCACAGGGACAGACCAUGA